GCGUCAGCAGCAGCGCACACCAAGAUUUGGAUGUUUGCUCAAUCUACAGGAUUUGCAAACUCUUACCGCCCCCAUCCUCCCCUUUAGGAGUUGUUCCCACUGGAUGCCUCUCAUUCCCACCCCACCCCCACUUUGGGGGAUUUCAGGCUUCUUUUAGCACCUUUUUUUGCAACCCUGGGGACUUGACAUCCCAGAGCUCUAACUACCUCAGCAGAAUUCUACUUUUGUUUUUCUUUCUCCCUCGUUUCCUCUUGUUUUCCUCUCAUCUGAUUCAUCUGCGAAGUCUGAUGCUUCUGCCAGGGGGAGAGGAAUAAAUAGAUGCUGCUGCCCCAGAAGGCUUAGACGUCAGGAAAGAGCAGCCAGAACUGCAGUAGCGACAGGGGCGGCGGCGCCUGGAGCUCGGCGAAGCUCGUGGGACCCCAUUGGGGGAAUUUGAUCCAAGGAAGCUGUGAGAUGGCCGGGGGGAGGAGAAGCUCCCAGAUCAUUGUGUCCACUUCCAGGGGGGAGGAGGAGACGGCGGAGCGGGCCUCUCGGCGUCCUCGCCACUGCUGCACCCUGCCCUGUCCUGCCGGGAUCAUGGCUUGCGGCGGCCCGGGAGGGAUGCUGCUGCUGCGGGCCGGGCUGCUCGCCCUGGCCGCGCUCGGCCUGCUCAGCGUACCCGGAGCUCGGGCUGCCUCCUGUGAGCCUGUGCGCAUCCCCUUGUGCAAGUCCCUGCCCUGGAACAUGACCAAGAUGCCCAACCACCUGCACCACAGCACCCAGGCCAACGCCAUCCUGGCCAUCGAGCAGUUCGAAGGACUGCUGGGCACCCACUGCAGCCCUGAUUUGCUCUUCUUCCUCUGUGCCAUGUAUGCACCCAUCUGCACCAUUGACUUCCAGCACGAGCCCAUCAAGCCCUGCAAGUCGGUGUGCGAGCGGGCCCGACAAGGCUGCGAGCCCAUCCUCAUCAAGUACCGCCACUCGUGGCCGGAGAGCCUGGCCUGCGAGGAGCUGCCGGUUUAUGACCGCGGCGUGUGCAUCUCUCCCGAGGCCAUUGUCACCGCAGACGGAGCGGAUUUUCCUAUGGAUUCUAGUAAUGGAAACUGUAGAGGGGCAAGCAGUGAACGCUGCAAGUGUAAGCCUAUUAGAGCUACACAGAAGACCUAUUUCCGAAACAAUUACAACUAUGUCAUUCGGGCUAAAGUUAAGGAGGUAAAGACCAAGUGCCAUGAUGUGACCGCGGUUGUCGAGGUGAAGGAGAUUCUAAAAGCUUCUCUGGUAAACAUUCCAAGAGACACUGUUAACCUUUACACCAGUUCUGGCUGCCUGUGUCCUCCUCUUAAUGUUAAUGAGGAAUACAUCAUCAUGGGCUAUGAAGAUGAGGAACGUUCCAGAUUACUGUUGGUGGAAGGUUCUAUUGCUGAGAAAUGGAAGGACCGACUUGGUAAAAAAGUGAAGCGCUGGGAUAUGAAGCUCCGUCAUCUUGGACUGAGUAAAAGCGAUUCUAGCCAUAGUGAUUCCACGCAGAGUCAGAAGUCUGGCAGGAAUUCUCAGUCCCGGCAAGCACGCAACUAAAUCCUGAAAUGCAGAAAGAACAUCAGUGGAUUUCCUACUAAGACUUGCAUUGCUGGACUAGCAAGAGAAAAUUGCACUAUUGCACGCCAUAUUCUAUUGUUUACCACAAAAAAUCAUGUGGUAACUGAUUACUUCUAUUUUCUCUUUUCUGCUUUUCUUUUCCUUUCCCCAGUCCCCCAACUUUUUUGUGGUUUGGGUGCAGAUCCUUAAAACAUAUGUAUUCUAUUUCGCUAAUCAUGGGAAACUUAUUCUUUGCAAUAAUGAUAAAUUAAACACAUUGGUAUCAGGGCCUCUGGCUGGAGUACAUGUUAAUUUACCAUUCUGUGCUUGUCUGGAUGGGGAAUGCAAUAUUGGAUGCACAGAGAGAGUUCUGGUAAACAAAGAUACCCUGUAAAAUAUACUCUACUGAUCGAAUUACAGCCUCAUUUUGCCUUGGGGGCAUUCUCACACUUAGGAACUCUAAAUGUGUAUAAAGGUGGGAUGGCAGUUUGAAAUCAAGUGCCACACAGGCAAAGCAAUCAAGCAUUUAUGAGGAAAGCAUUUAUGAGGGAACGACACGUAAGAUGAAUUAUUUUCAAGAUUGGCAGGAAACAAAGUAGUGUUAGGAGUUGGGGAAAGAACAUUUUGCCUGAUUGAGAAGCACAGCUGAAACCAGUAGCUGCUGGGGUGUUAACAGUAGCAUUUUUUCUUUUGGCAAUACAUUUCAUUUGAUUAUGAAUAUAUUAAUCAGCAUUAAGGAAGUGAAUUACAACUAGACAUCUGCUAUUGUCAGUAUAGUUCUGUUUAAUUUGCGUCCUCAAAUUAGCCAUUUUGGUGUACAUCUCUUUUCUUCUUUUAAAUAAAAUAAAUCUGACUUGCUGCAUUGACCAGAGAAAGAAAGUAUGUGUGCAUGUGAACCGGCAUGUUAUUUUAAAAAGGUAUGUAGUUCUAUAAAAUGCUAUAGUUGCAGGGCAUAAAAUGUGCAAGGUUCUUCUUUUGAUGUGGGUGUGUGUUUGUUCAUGUGUGUGUCUGUGCACUCACAGCCAAGCUGGACUGAAUGACAGGCCUAGGCACAGGCCUGCACUUUAGUAUUUGGAUUUGGGAUGUUUCAUGCUCAGCAAAAUGUCUAAUAAAAGAAAUUAUGGUUGUUAGAAGAGAGAAGUUAUUCUGACUCUUAAACAUAAUUGUGCCAAUCAUCUACAAGUCUUAUUGCCUUCAAUUUACGUAAUUGAUAUCAGUAGAACCAAAUUUCUAAGCUAUGGUGCUGAAAAUAUAACAGCUGUGAAGCCCAUUGGUACUGUUUCCUUCCAUAAGGACAACCAGGCAAGAAGGAAAAUCUUUUCUGAACAAAAGCUUCUUAAAAUGGCAAAUGAUAAUUCAUCUAAAUUCUCUUGUGCAAGUAAGAGAACAUCUUGCCUUCUGACAGAGCCCCAAACUCCAACAAGUUCCUCAGUUCCAAAAGGAGAGUUCUACCGUUGCUUUCAUGAAGACUACAUAACCUCUGGAACUGCCACGGGGUUGCUUUCAGAUAAUUCCAACAUCUGCCCUUUGGUCUUUAUUCCCAGAUGGCUAGUCUGGGUAUAACAUUUUCUCCAUGCUGCUGUUUUUUAUUAUUUUUUUUAAUUUUAAGAUUUAUUUUUAUGUAUGCAUGCAAGAGCUGG